AUGAACAAGAGGCAAGAGAGAGUUUCAGCAACUACUGAAACAGAAGAAAUCAUGGCUGAGAAUGCUAAUGGUGGUAACAAUGGGGGAAACAACGGUAAUAAUGGAGGUGUCGUUAAGGAUCAAGCAAAUGGCCGCAGUCUGAGAGAUUAUAUUCUCCCAACUCUUACGGGGGUUCAGUCUUGCAUCAUGCCGCCCGUCGUAGAUGCCAACAACUUCAAAAUUAAGCCUGCAAUACUCCAAAUGGUGCAGUCUUCAGUCCAGUUUGGUGGACUUCCCUCUGAAGACCCCAAUAUGCACUUAUCAAACUUCAUGGUGUUAUGUCAGACUUUUAAAGUCAAUGGGGUUAGUGAUGAUGCCAUUCAUUUGAGACUUUUUCCAUUCUCGCUAAGAGAGCGAGCCAAGAGUUGGUUGAUCUCCUUACCACCGAAUUCUAUAGCAACAUGGACAGAUUUGGCAACGAAGUUUCUGUCUAAGUUCUUUCCUCCAGCAAAAACACUUAUAGAUGCCACAGCUGGUGGAGCAUUUAUGAGGAAAAGUGCAAAUGAAGCCCAUGAAUUGCUAGAAGAGAUGGCCCUGAAUAAUCAACAGUGGCCAACUGAGAGAAGUCAGGCAAAGAAGGUGGCUGGUAUGCAUGAGGUUGAUGCCAUAACAAAACUGACAGCCCAGGUAGAGGCCUUGACAAAGUUGAUAGUUGUGCAGGCAAAACAGGCUCAAGUUGUUUGUGAGCUCUGUGGAGGCCCUCAUCCGUAUGAGGGCUGCCCGAUAGAUGUGAAUAGUUUGCCAAUGGAUGAAGCUAAAGCUAUUGGGAAUUACUCUCAAAACAACAACUAUGGGUUUAAUCAAGGAGGAGGUCGAAGGAAUAGUGGGUUCUAUCAACAAAGAAAUCAGAACCAAACGCAGAUCCAAUAA